CGCUGCUGCCUUCCUUCUCCCGGGGAGCCGGGCGGCCGCGGCUGGGAACCGCUGCAGGGGAGCGCCUGGCGCCGCCGCUGUCCAUGGAGGAGGAAGCCGGCACCGAGAAGGAGCCCCUGCUGCCUGCCCGGACAGCGGGCCCCGGCUACCCGCCCCGGGGAACCUUCGGGGCCGGCGACUGCCCCGAGCCCGCGGCCUCCUGCACCGUCCAGGACGCUGCUGGAGCUGACCAUGAUCUUUACAUAAACCAAGCUGUAGUAUUUAUUGAAGAUGCAAUACAGUAUCGUUCCAUAAACCACCGAGUGGACUCCAAAUCCCUGUGGCUUUAUCGAUGGUAUUAUUCAAAAAUUUGCCAGUGGAUUUUGAGUCUCACCAUUACUCUAAUCCUGGCUCUGGCUUUCAUUGAAACCCCUUCUUCGCUCACUGUCACGUCAGAUAUACGAUAUCGCGGCACAGCCUGGGAGCCUCCUUGUGGAUUGACUGAAAGUAUAGAGCUGUUUUGUUUCCUCGUCUUUAUAGCUGACGUCUCUGUGAAGAGUUAUUUAAUUGGUUGGGAAGAAUUUCGGAAAACGAAAUGGCUGCUGGCUUAUAUCCUGACACUGGUUGUUUCCCUGAUCGACUGGACUGUGUCACUGAGCUUUUCUUGUACAGAGACUGUGAGAAUAAGACGAAUCCUCCGGCCUUUCUUUCUCCUUCAGAACUCCUCUAUGAUGAAAAAGACAUUAAAAUGCAUCAACAGAACGCUGCCAGAAAUGACAAGUGUUGUUCUGCUGCUAGCUGUUCACUUGUGUCUCUUUACCAUGUUUGGCAUGCUGCUGUUUGCUCGAUCAAAGGAUAAGCAGCAAGACAAGGAAUGGGUGGGAUAUUUUCACAAUUUGCCAGAUUCACUGACUUCACUGCUGGUGCUGCUGACUACUGCAAAUAACCCUGAUGUGAUGAUUCCUGCAUAUUCUAAGAAUCGAGCCUAUUCUGUCUUCUUCAUACUCUUCACUGUGUUGGGAAACCUGUUUCUGAUGAACUUGCUGACAGCGAUAAUAUACAAUCAGUUUCGAGGAUACCUUCUGAAAUCAGUUCAGUCCUCGCUCUUGAGGAGACGUUUAGGAAUCCGGGCUGCAUUCGAAGUGCUGUGCUCCCCGAAGGAGAGUCCUGUCAGUACAAAUGCAUUGUGUGUCAGUGCUAAUACCUUACUACAAGUGCUUCAAAAAGUUGAAAUGGAUUCUUGCUGCAAGGAAGCCAUCUUGAGGACAGUUCGGUCAUGCCCUUGUGGCAUACUGUCAGCUGCCCUGUUUCAGAAACUCUUUGAUGAACUCGACAAAGAUCCUGUUAAACAGCAUCCUCCCACACCGGAGUACCAGUCUCCUUUUCUGCAGAAAGUGCAGUUUGCUUUUGGCCAUCACUUCUUUGGCUACUUAGGGAACGUUGUAGCACUAGCAAACAUAAUUUCUAUAUGUGUCAUCUUGGUAAUGGAUGCAGAUAAGCAGCUUUCUGAACGGGAUGACUAUUUCUUGGGGGCUAUAAAUUGUUUUUUUAUCCUGUACUAUCUGCUGGAAAUGCUGCUGAAAAUACUGGCAAUGGGGUUUAAAAGAUACAUAUCGUACCCAAGCAAUAGAUUUGAUGGACUUCUGACUGUAAUUCUGCUGGUUUUGGAGGUCUCAACUUUUGCUGUGUAUGGAUUUCCUCAUCCAGGCUGGAGACCCGAAAUGAUGGGGUUGCUGUCUCUGUGGGAUAUGGUGCGCCUGGUGAAUAUGCUAAUUGUAUUCAGAUUUCUGCGGAUUAUCCCUAAUAUGAAGUUCAUGGCUUUGGUUGCCAGUACAUUGCUGGAUCUGGUGAAAAACUUAAGAGCCUUUGCAGGGCUGCUGGUGGUGGUUUUCUAUGCGUUUGCUAUAACUGGCAUAGUGCUAUUUAAAGGUGCUGUUGUUCCUAUGGGAAAUAUCAGUGUUGUCAAUACAACAUCUGGUAACAGGACUUUGCAGUGUGGGACCUAUGAGCAGUUGGAGUAUUGGCCAAACAACUUUGAUGACUUUGCUGCUGCAGUAGUAACUCUCUGGGAUGUCAUGGUGGUGAACAAUUGGCAAGUUUUCCUGGAUGCAUUUUCAAGAUAUUCAAGUCCGUGGUCAAAGGUCUAUUUUGUAGCCUGGUGGCUAACUUCCUCUGUCAUCUGGGUCAAUUUGUUCGUAGCCUUACUUCUGGAGAACUUUAUUCACAAGUGGGACCGUCACUCCCAUCGGCAGUCUCUCUCAGAAAUUGAAUACCAGACAACAGUGGAAUUAAUGUUCAGGGAUGUUUUGGAAGAACCUACAGAGGAAGAGCUGAUGGAAAAACUGCACCAGCAUCCACACCUGCAACUGUGUAGAUGACAGAUUGGUGGGAGGACCAAUUUAUUCACGCCUUUUUUGCAAUAAUGUUGUCAGCUGGAGGACUGACAUUGCAGUGAAAUGGAAUGGAUUUUCUGUAAAGUGCUAUUAACCUGAAACCUUACAGGAAAGCAUGUAACAUUUUAGUUGGCAUUUUGGUUUGACUCUUGAACUCCACCUACAAUGCAGAGAACUCUGCAGGGAGAACUUUUUUAAUUUUUUUUUAAUCGGCUCCUUUUAAAAAAAAUAUAUUUAAAUUCUUCUAAUUUGACUUGAUUUUAGAGUCAUUUGAUGGGAAUAUGCAGCUGUUAUUUUUAUUAAGUGUCAGGACAAGGAGUUGUAGACUAUUUUAUUUUGAUUUUUUUUUAAGAAGGAAGAGAGUAUUAACAUGACAGUGCACUUUAAUGCAAACACUUAUAACCACUAUGCUUGCUGCUUUUUUGCACCAUAAAUAAUGGAACUGCCUAUUCUGGCAUUCAGUGUGUGCCAAGGACAGUGCCUUGAAAUUCUUGACUGAAUUAGGCAGUUAUGCUCUAGCUUCUCAGCCUUUUUGUAAUAAGGGAAACUGAAACACUAUUUUUAUUGAAAUAUGAUGCCAGCAUUCUUUUGUUUACUAAAUGUUCAUAAUUAUACAAUCCUGUUCAAAAGUUCAGGUCGAAGGUGGAGAUAGUCUGUAUCAGUUUCCUUUUUUUGACCAGUGUUAAGAGUUGUGCCCAUGUUGUGGUUGCAUUAUAUUGAUAACAUUAUCAAGAUCAGUAUAAUUUUGGAUGGAACAAUCAUGGCCUUGGUUUACAAUCUGGAAUAAUUAAGCUCUACUUUGGAGAAAAUAUCCUCAUGUUGCUUUGAAAAUGAGCUCUUCCUUUUUGCAUUCUGACAAGUCUUGUUUUCCCCGGGUUCAUACUUAGCCAGAGUUUAUUUACCUCUGCAAGAAUUUUAGUGGAAACUCUGUGUAAAAUAUAGUCAUGUAUCCAUCUUGGGUGGAUGGGGAGCAAGCAAUCAUGUUCAGGCUUCCCCUUAUAAACUAUACCUGUAUAUAAUACAUUGAUUUUUAAUUCAGGGGAGUGGUACCAAAAUCAUUGGGGGUCAUCUUAUUGUUGGGUUUUUUUUUAGCUGGAUAGGACCAAUUCUGCAAGGUGCUGGGCCCCCCUCAGUUCUCACUGUAGUCCAUGGAAGCUUUUGUGUGCUUAGUAUCAUGCAAGAUCAUAUCCUUUGUGCUCUUUCCAUUUGUCGUGGUCACAUACGAUACCACUAGCUUUAGUCACCCAUCUAGCCUUUGGUGAUCCAUCUAGCUGUUGGGUAAAUAACUUUUUGAUAAUACGUACAUACAUCCUAAAAUAUGUCGUAAGUGGUAACGAUAUGUCCCGUUUAUAUCGUAGUAUCACUCCUAACAAGGCAUUUCACCUUGACUCUUCAGGUCAGGUAACCAUUAAAUUACCCAAUGCAUUUGUGAUUGAUCCUAUAAAUAACAUUUGUUAACAGUUCUCAAGUCCCUUACUCGAGAUAUUUACAACUAAAAUAGACAAAUCAACUUCAAAUACACGGUUGUGACCAAGCCUGCAGUGACAAAAGGGCAUGGAUCAGAUGACUAGAUACAGUAAGUCGCUUCUGUUUCUAAUUUCUCUGAUCCAUUUAGUCACCAAAGGAUUUUAAGUGGCUCUGCAGUUGUCAUCCCCAUUUCUUUUCCUUUCCCAGCCAUUCCCUUUCCCAAAUUAGUCGUCUUUCUUUCCUAUUUUCUCUCUAAUGCUGGUAGCUGAAGUAAAUUUUGGCUGGGAUUAUGGGGCAUUUGAUCUCAAUAGCACACUUCUGUACCAUCCAUUUUCCAGCAGUGUCUAGAACAUUCUUUGGGAACAUAGGGUUUCCUCACCCACUGUGUAGUUGUACUUAUGAAACAAAUAUGAGUUGAACUUUAAGUCACUCAGGAAAUCAUUAUUUGCCUGUGGGGUCACAUGUUAAGCCAUCCUCCCAUGUAGUCACCUCUGCGUUUUCUACUAGCCCCCUUCUUAAUUCACUCACUCUGCGGCAUCAGAAGCUUUCUUUUAUUUUCACGCAGUCUCAACCUACUGUCUGUCCCCAUUUCUAGCCUCCCUUCCUUUCUAUUUCCAGCUCCGUCCUACCAUGGAGUAUCCUCUCUGUGGUGUACUAGCUGUUUUCCCCAGUUCUGGUUACAUGUUUAUUGUAUCACAGAUGUCAGAGAUUGGGGAAAAAAGGCCUAUUAGGUCAUCUAGUCCUUGGAAUCAACACAGGAUUGUUCCCUAUUUUCUAGCUUUUUUUCCCAGUACAGUUCGGCAGCAAGACACUCACACAGUUGAAUAGGUUCCCCUAUGUGAUGCAUCUCAUCAGUAGGAAGCUGGCCUAAUUUUUUCUUAGUUUAGUGUAAGCCAGUUACUCCUGGUUAUUACUCUUUAACCACAUUAAACAGUUCCUUUCUCUCCUUGUUGUUUCUAUCCUCUAUAUACUUGGUGAAUUAGGUAUGUCCACCCUGCCAAGUGGGGCUGUCAGUUCCUGUAUGCCUGGGAUGCUCACCUUUCUAUUUUGGCUCUUCUUUUAUUUGGCCAUUAUGUUCCAUUGUCUACCAAGGUAGCAUAAUUUGAUAUUCAUAUAAUCUUCAUAACUCAUGUCUCCUGUAUGCAAUCCUUGCACGUGGACAGAUGUGCAGAGAACAGUCUAUUUUAGUGCUUGUUUGUUUGUUGUUUCUAUAUUGGAUUGGGAAUGUAAUGCAGAACUACAUACAGGAAAUAGCGUGUCUAAUAUAAAUUGUACUGUAAGAGGUAAAUGACUGUGAUAUAACUCAUGCUUUAAAUGCACAGAGACACGAACAGGAGUGUAUGUAACUAUGAACAGGAGUAAAUCAGAAAGAUUAAUUGAUAAAAA